AUGUGCGAUCGUCUUUGCAUGGCAUUUUCAUUAAAAGAAUUACAAGCAUUAAUACAACUAAGAGAUGAUGGUACUAUGAUUGGUCCUAAUUAUGUAGAAUUAGGUACGAAAUUAAAACCUAUUCAAACAUAUAAUGCAUUACGAAAUAGUCCAUGUCCUGUAUUGCUUUCUGAGAAACAUAUUUAUGACGGUAUACCAUCAAAUUCAACUGUACUUACUAUAAUGCAAUGGGGUCUAUUACCAUCAAAGGAAAUAGAAGAUAAAACAAAAUUAAAAUAUCGUAUAGCAAAUAUUAAAAAAGAAAAAUUAAAUAAAAUAAAAAUUUUUCAGACAUUAUUAGAAAAAGGCAAUCGGUGCAUAUUAGUUUGUGAAGGUUUUUAUCAAUUUGUAUUUGAUAAUAAACUACGUAAACAAGCUUAUUUUAUACAUUUAAAAAAUAUAUUUGAUAAACGAAGAAAAUGUGAAAAUAUUCAACCAUGUUAUAUUGCUGCUCUUUUUGAUACAUUUCAACAAUCUGAUGGACAAGUACUUUAUUCAUUUAGUAUUAUUACAGUCAAGACACCCACCAAUUUAUCUCAUAGAAUCGCUCCAUAUAUGCCAGCUAUAUUCAAUAGUACUGAACAAGUACUUGAUUGGAUUGAUUUUGAUCGUAUAGAUAUGAACGAAGCACUAAAACUAUUAGAAAAUCAUGAAGAACAUCUUGUAAUAGAUCUCGUAUCAAAUUAUGUUUUUAAAAGGUCAAAUACUGGCCCAGAAUGUAUAGAAGUUAUAACUAAACCAACAACAGAAAAACCAUCAACAACAAAUAUCGAAUCAGAAGAUGAUAUCGAUAUAAAAAUAAUUGAUAAACAUAUUGAAGAUAUUGAACAACAACAUGAAACUGAAUUAUAUCAACAAAAAAAAAGAACAUUAUCAAAAACCUUCGAAUAA